AAGGCGGACAUUGCCGAUGCAUGUCACUCUGUCUCUCUGCGUCAGUUGAAAAAGUAGCGUGUGUUUGUGCGCUCGUCAGGAAAGGAAACUUUACAAAAAGUGUGUGUGUUAUUUCUGCGAGGCGAGAAAUGACACGGCUGGAGAUGUUUUGUAUCGUCGCGGCGCUGCUGGUGACACAGUGCGCCGCCAUUAUCAGAGUCCCCCUUCAUAAAACCAGAAGCAUGCGCCGCCUGAUGAGCGACAAUGGGAUGUCUUUAGAGGAGCUUCGGGCUUUAGCAAAGAGCAAAGGAGCGGUGGACAGCUCUCCCUCCCCCAAACUGCCUGUGGAGAGGCUGACCAACUUCAUGGAUGCCCAGUACUAUGGGCUGAUCAGCAUUGGCACCCCUCCACAGGACUUCACUGUGCUGUUUGACACAGGCUCCUCCAACCUCUGGGUCCCCUCCAUACACUGCUCUUUCCUCGAUAUCGCCUGCUGGCUUCACCAUCGUUACAACUCAAAGAAGUCGACCACAUACGUUCAGAACGGCACAGAGUUUUCCAUCCGGUACGGCAGAGGCAGCUUGUCUGGCUUCAUUAGCGAGGACACAGUCUCUGUUGCGGGUCUGCCUGUUCCUCACCAGCAGUUUGGUGAAGCCGUGAAGCAGCCUGGAAUCACGUUUGCAGUGGCACGGUUUGAUGGGGUUUUGGGCAUGGCCUACCCCUCCAUAUCGGUGGCUAAUGUCGUUCCUGUGUUUGACACAGCCAUGGCUGCCAAACUGCUGCCCCAGAACAUUUUCUCUUUCUACAUAAGCAGAGACCCAAAAGCAGCUGUAGGAGGAGAGCUGAUUCUGGGAGGGACAGAUCCCCAGUACUACACUGGAGACCUGCACUAUGUCAAUGUGACACGAAAGGCCUACUGGCAAAUCAGAGUGAACGGACUUCAAGUUGGCAACCAGCUCAGUCUUUGCAAAGCUGGUUGCCAGGCCAUUGUUGACACGGGAACAUCCCUAAUUGUAGGUCCUGUGGAAGAAGUCAGAGCGCUGCAAAAAGCCAUCGGAGCUCUGCCCCUGCUGAUGGGAGAGUACUGGAUUGACUGUAAUAGGAUCCCAUCGCUGCCUGUCAUCUCUUUCAACAUUGGAGGGAAGAUGUUUAACCUGACUGGAGAGGAUUAUGUCAUGAAGGAGUCUCAGAUGGGUAUGUCAAUCUGUCUGUCGGGCUUCAUGGCUAUGGACAUCCCUCCUCCCGCAGGGCCCCUGUGGAUCCUGGGAGAUAUAUUCAUCGGGAAGUACUACACUGUCUUUGACAGAAACGCUGAUCGUGUGGGCUUUGCCCCAGCCAAGUAGUCUGCUAAAUGCGUCUCAUCUGCGGUGGUAAUCUAACUUUAAAGAUAAUUUCAGGCAAAGCUAUAAUUCACCAAUGUUGCGUUAUUUGAUUUGCAACAAACCAAAGCAUUUCAAAAUGGUCAUAUCUGCUUAGAAUGUGGAGUUCACAUGAAUAUGGAUGCUGCAAUAAUUAUUUUCCACACAUUUAGCAAGAAGCGUGGAUGUUCUUUCUGCCACUGAACAAAGGGACUGCUUCACUCGGUUACUUCCACUUGUAUGCAAAGCUGUCUGAGGUUGACCUUCAUCUUUAAUAUGACAGGGGUCAAUCAGAACUAUGCAUUUGUGCUAGAAUUUUUGUACUUUAUGCUUUGAUGGAACAACAGCUAACUCUUACCAACUGAACCACAUUUCCAGUUUCCAGUGUCUGUUAAAACUAGCUGCUUUUGUACGCUGAAGGUAUCUCAGGAUGUUUCUUUUAACACGCCAUGUAUUGUUCUUACCAAAUGUCACUAAAUGAACUUGAAAUAAAUAACUGUCUUUUCAAAUUUU